AUGUUUAUUCACAUUCUUGCACAUCAUGUCAAGAAUCGGGUCAUUAAAUUUCGAUUUCAGCGGUCAGGAGAAACUAUUAGUAGGCAUUUUCAAGAUGUGUUGAAUGCUGUCAUGCGUCUUGAAGGACUCUUACUUAAAAAACCAGAGCCGGUUCUUGUUAACUCAACUGAUAAGAGGUGGAAAUGGUUUAAGGAAGGGUCAACUGCUGAUAGUAGAGUGCUUCGAGAAGCAAUGGACAAGAGAAAUGGAUUUAAAGUUCCUCAAGGUUACUACUAUCUCAUUGAUACUGGGUACACAAAUUAUCAAGGAUUUCUUGCACCAUAUAGAGGACAAAGAUAUCAUUUGAAUGAUUGGAGGGAUGGACACCAACCUACUACUCCUCGAGAAUUUUACAACAUGAAGCAUUCUUCGGCAAGAAAUGUGAUAGAGAGAUGCUUUGGACUACUUAAGAUGCAUUGGGCAAUUAUGAGAAAUCCUUCUUUUUAUUCGACUACAACACAGACUCGAAUCAUUUUAGCAUGUUGUCUAUUGCAUAAUCUUAUAAGGCAAGAGAUGUCUAUAGACCCAUUAGAGGAAAGUUUGGAAGAACAAGAACAUACUCUGAAUGAAGUACAUGGUGAUUCAAUUACAACAAUCGAAACAUCAAAUGAGUGGAGUGCAUGGAGAGAGAAUUUAGCAACCAGUCUCUAUAAUGCCGAUCGUGGAUUCAAACCUGGCCAUGUUACAGCUGUGGAGAAAAUACUUGUAGUUACUUUGCCACAUUCUUAUUUAAAGGCAGACCCCCAUAUUAAAUCUAGAAUGAAGACAUUAAAAACCCAUUUUGAUGCUGUGCAUGAUAUGUUGCAUGGGCCUAACACAAGUGGGUUUGGUUAUGAUAAUUUGAACCAUUGUGUGGUUGCUGAGAAAUCUGUGUGGGACGCUUACCUGCAGAGUCAUAAGAAUGCUGCAAAAUUUAAAGACAAACCUUUUCCAUAUUAUAAGGAUCUAUGCACCAUAUUUGGAAAAGACCGUGCUACCGGAAAUGAUGCUGAAACAGCUGCUGAUGUUAUGGAAAAAUUGGAUAAAGAACAGAUAGACAAGGAAAAUGAGAAUGAAAAUGAUGAUGUUGGAGAUGGUUUAGAUGAUAUUGACGCAUCGAUUUCAUUUAUGCAAUCUCCCACAAUUGGAAAAACUAAUGAAGUGAGCUCUAAAAAUAAAAAGAAGAGGAAAUCUCAAAGUGUCGCAGAAUCAUUGUGUGAAGUAGUGAAACAAUCUUCAACUUUGAUUGGCUCAGAUAUAAAAUCAAGUACUGAACGCCUUAGCCAAGCAAUUGAAGAUGCUUCAAUUAAUGAGUUGAAAAUUAGGCUGCAUGAAGAAUUGAUGAAGUUACCAAGUUUGAACAAAACCGAUCGAGCAAAAGCUUUGGUUCAAAUUGGUCGUGACCGUGACUUGAUUCAAAUUUUUUUCACACUUGAUGAGGAUAUGAAGGAAGAAUUGGUGAAGACAGUCAUUUCGUGA